CGCCCCCGCUGCAGCGCCCGCCGCCGCUCCAGUGCCCGCUGCAGCACCGGUUGUGUCUAAGGUUGCAGCCAAAGCCAAAGUAGCAGCGGGCCCUACUUUAGCCGCGCAACGUCUCACAGACCCCACGAAGACGAUAUCAGGCACGCGCACAGAGCAUCCCGUGCCUAUGAAUAAGAUGCGUUUGCGCAUCGCACAGCGGCUCAAGGAGGCCCAGAACACCACGGCCAUGCUUACUACAUUUAACGAGUGUGAUAUGAGCAAACUCAUGGAGUACCGCAAGGCCAACCUACCCGCGUUCAUGAAGAAGUACGGCGUGAAGCUCUCCUUCAUGUCUCCGUUCCUGAAGGCUUCUGCCAACGCCCUGCUGGACCAGCCCGUCAUCAACGCGGUCAUCAUUGACGGCAAUAUUGUUUAUAGGGACUUCGUAGACAUCUCAGUAGCAGUGGCAACGCCGCGAGGGUUGGUGGUGCCGGUACUGCGAAACGUGGAGUCCAUGGAUUACCCGAAGAUAGAGCUCACCAUAAACGGCAUCGCGGAAAAGGCGAGGAGCGGAAAACUGACCCCAACGGACAUGCAAGGCGGCACGUUCACGAUCAGCAACGGCGGCGUAUUCGGCUCGCUGCUGUCCAUGCCCAUCAUCAACCUGCCCCAGUCCGCUAUCCUGGGCAUGCACGCCAUUUUCCAGCGGCCUGUCGCUGUCGGCAAAAAAAUCAAAAUAAGGCCGAUGAUGUACCUGGCACUGUCCUACGACCACAGACUGAUUGACGGGCGCGAAGCGGUACUCUUCCUCCGAAAGGUCAAGUCAGGAGUGGAAGACCCAACCUCCAUCCUUGCUGGAAUGUAGCAGAAGACC